CAGCGGGACCAGUGGCGCUGCUCAUCAGGACUGCUGCUGCUGCUGAUGAUGCGCUGUUGAUCAGCUGCUGCUGCUGUAAAUGAGCAGCCUGGCUUGUAGGUUUAAAAGUCGUGCGUCAAGAGCAGGCUACUGUUAUUUCGCCGUCUCAUGUAAAGUACGUAGCAAGUUGAUAAAUGGUCAAAUAUCACGGGUGAAAUUUACGAAAAAUACAUUUAUGGUUUAAAAUAAAAUGAAUUAAAGUGUAACAUACAAUGUUGAGUGUUUACAGGAUAACAUUCUGAGACAAGUGUAUGCAUAUACGUUCACAAGAAAAGUUGACAUUUCUGCUAAAAGUUUAAAUUGUACCCUUGAUUUGGGUACCACUUACUAACAAAGAGGCGAGGACUUUAAAAGCCUGUGUGUAUAUAUAUACACACACACACGUGUGUGCGUCUUGAGUCAAGUUAGAAGCCGCAUUGCUAUGGAUGAGAGGGAGGAGGAUGAGGAGCGAGCGAGGCUAUGCCGUCCCAGUGGAGUGAUGAUGCCGUGGCAGCAGAGCCUCUCCGUGCGACUCGACGCCUUCCAUCGGCAGCACUGCGCCCCGCGACCCGAGCUGCCGUGCGGGGCAGCGCGCGACAUCGCCCGAGCGGUCGCCACGGUCCUGCGGGAGGUCGGAGCCAGGGAGCCUCGCUUCGUCAUCUCGCCGGGCGAACAUCACCCCCAUCGAAGCCCUCAUCGGCCGGCCGUGGACGUUUGCGGUGGGCUUCUGCGGGUGACGGACGGGGCGCUGCCCUCUUCCGAGUUCGAGAUGCUGCUCUACCUGAACCUGCAGACCUCCUCGGGAGUCUUCAGCCUCGUGGACGAAGACAACGAGGGAGGCGGCCGGGCGUUGCUCAAGCUGGCGGACGGGCGCAAGAGGAGCAUGUCGCUGUGGGUGGAGUUCAUCACGGCGUCGGGGAGCCUGUCGGCGCGCAAGCUGCGCUCCCGCCUGCACGCCCUGGUGGCGCAGGCGCUGGGCAGGCGCCUCCCGUGCGGCCGGGACGACGUGCGCCUCGUGCCCUCCGAGGCGGGCGAGGUGCUGAUCGGUGUGCCGGACCACGGGGUGGUGAAGGUCACGCCGGCGUUCCGCUGCUCGGGCACCGUGUGGCCUCGGUGCGCCUCGCAGUGGUUCCCGCAGCAGCAGCCGCAACAACAACAAGGCUACUGUGACGAAAGCCUUCUUCAUCGGGGCUAUCACCAGCACAUCCACCAUCAGCAGAGUCACGAUCGGCAGGGUCACUAUCAGCAGAAGAGUGACUAUGAGCAAAUUCACUAUUGCCACAGCCAGCAGCAGCAGCUUCUGAAGCAUUACCAUCAGCAGCUCCCCCACCAUCAUCAAGAGCAGCAGCAGCAAUUCAUGAUGAUGAAGAAGAUGCAUCAGUGGCCAGGCCCAAGGCGAAUGGCAGAGAUAAAAGCGGCCGGCUUUACCCUGCUGUCUGCCGAGGACGACCCAUUCCUGGGCAAGGGCAGGGCCAAGCCGCCCGGAGCAGCGGGAGCGGGGGACGGUGACGCGUGGCUGCUGCGCUUCACGGAGGCCGAAGAGCUGCUGCUGGAGGGCGGCUGCAGGCGCAAGUGCCUGUCCGUGCUGGCGGCGCUGCGCGAGAGGCACCUGCCCGGCGCGCUGGGCGGCUACCUCGUGCGGACGCUGGUGCUGCACGAGUGCGAGAAGCACCCGCGCGACGCGGAGUGGGCCGACGCGUGCCUCGGCGAGCGCCUGCUGGGCGCGCUGCUGCAGCUCGUCUCGUGCCUGCGCUGCCGCCGGUGCCCGCACUUCUUCGUGCGCGGCACGGACCUGCUGCGCGGCGGGGACGGCGCGGCGCUGGAGAGGGCGGCUGAGCAGGCGUGGAGGCUGGCCAGGCUGCUCAUCGCCGGCCCGGCGAGCGUCGACACGCUCUGAUGGCUUCGGACGGCGGCUGUGCGCGCCGUGGGUAACGUUCGGCGUACGAGGGGGCGGUCUAUCGGCCAGUGGCCUGUCGUCGAGACGUGGGAGAAAGCUGAGUGACCUUGAAGGCACUGGUGUCGGUGGGUGUUUCUUUUUAUUUAUCUUAUAGAGUCCACGGUGGCGAGAUGUUAACUGCCUCGCCUGGUAUGCAGGAGGUCGUGAGUUCAAUCCUGACCCUGACGUGUGUAUAUUUGGAGUUUGCAUGUUCUCUCUAUGGUUGUGUGGAUUUUUCUCCGGUUAAUCCGGUUUUUCCCUCUACAUUUAGACAGUUUGCUUAAAGAGUAUUUGGCUGCUAUAAAUGUCCACAUGAUAAGCCACUUUGUUGAGCAAUCAUUUGUGGCCUUGUCGCAUCUGAAAAAGAGCUAUAUAGCUCAGUGGGCCUUACUUGGUAAAAUAAAAAAAAUGGGUUAGUUUAGUCCACUUAAAGUGCAAUACACUUGGUUAAUCGAUGCUCCGAUGUUGAAUUGCCAGCCUGCUCGAACUUGUCAUCGCUCACCUCAAGCCACUCAUUCACACAGCACAAAGUCACUGUAAAAUCGCUUUGCCCACAAGCAAAUCGACACGGUUGGCAAGUCACUUGGAGCCAGGUGCGGUGAGUAGAGAUUUUCACUCAGAUGAAUCGAUAUUCCCUUCUGCAGAUGUAUACGAAACGUUCAAAGUGAUCACAUUUCCUUAACAUGCAAGAUUACUCUGAACUAGCUGUAACAAAAAAUGACAAUCAAUGUAUUGCUUUGGACUCUGAUAACGACGGUUGUGCUGUGAAUUGAAAAGUGGCGCCACUUUUUAUGAUGAGGCCCGCGGGCUUUGCGAUCGGCCAUCACAUACAGCUUGCAUGUGAGCAGCGGUAGCUACUCAUUAGGCGUGUGAUGAUACAUCAAUGCAUCACGUAACACAGACUCCUGUGGGAGGAUCAACCUUUUCUAAGCCGUAUGUGUUGGACGUAAUGUGUUCACGUGAUCCCUCCCCCACCACGAGAGGCUGCUAUAAUCAUAACAGCAUAAAAUGGAAAUUACAAAUUUGGACCGUGUCAUUUUCAGAAAGUGACUUAUCAUAGUAAUUUAUGACUUAAAGCUUUCGUGACUGCAGGAAUUCAUAUUCUUUGGGUCUUUCGGUAAAACCACGUAGAUAGAAAAACAAUAAUAAAAAAUAAAAA